UGUCAGAUGAAGGCAUUGAAGCUUGCACAAGUUCUCCUGACAAAGUCAAUAUAAAUGACAUCAUCCUGAUUGCUCUCAAUACAGACUUGAGAACAAUUGGCAAGAAAUUCCUCCCCAGUGACAUCAAUGGUGGAAAGGUAGAAAAGCUUGAAGGUCCAUGUGUUUUGCAAAUUCAAAAAAUUCGCAAUGUUGCUGCACCAAAGGAUAACGAAGAAUCUCAGGCUGCACCAAGAAUGCUGCGUUUGCAGAUGACUGAUGGGCACAUAAGUUGCACAGCAGUAGAAUAUAGUUAUAUGUCAAAGAUAAGCCUGAACACACCACCUGGAACUAAAGUUAAGCUCUCAGGCAUUGUGGACAUAAAAAAUGGAUUCCUGCUCUUGAAUGACUCUAAUACCACAGUUCUUGGCGGUGAAGUGGAACACCUUAUUGAGAAAUGGGAGUUACAGAGAAGCUUGUCAAAACACAAUAGAAGCAAUAUUGGAACGGAAGGUGGACCACCUCCUUUUGUGCCUUUUGGACAGAAGUGUGUAUCUCAUGUCCAAGUGGAUAGCAGAGAUCUUGAUCGAAGAAAGACACUGCAAGUUACAGUGCCUGUCAAACCUACAAAUGAUAAUGAUGAAUUUGAAAAGCAGAGGACUGCUGCUAUUGCAGAAGUUGCAAAGAGCAAAGAAACCAAGACAUUUGGAGGAGGUGGUGGUGGUGCUAGAAGUAAUCUCAACAUGAGUACUGCUGGUAACCGAAAUAGGGAAAUUUUACAGAAAGAAAAGUCCACCAAAUCAGAGGGGAAACAUGAAGGUGUCUAUAGAGAACUGGUUGAUGAGAAGGCUCUGAAGCACAUAACAGAAAUGGGCUUUAGUAAGGAAGCAUCAAGGCAAGCUCUUAUGGAUAAUGGCAACAACUUAGAAGCAGCACUCAAUGUACUUCUUAACAGCAAUAAACAGAAACCUGUUAUGGGUCCACCUCUGAGAGGUAAAGGAAAAGGCAGGGGGCGAAUAAGAUCUGAAGAUGAAGAAGAACUGGGAAAUGCAAGGCCAUCAGCACCAAGCACAUUAUUUGAUUUCUUGGAGUCUAAAAUGGGGACUUUGAGUGUGGAAGAACCUAAAUCACAGCCACAGCAGCUUCAUCAGGGACAACACAGAUUGUCAAAUGCUGAGCAAUAUGGAGUAAAAGAUAAUAAUCAACCAAGAUAUCUUCCUCGAAAUGAUACCAGGCAGUCAAGAAAUGAAAAACCUCCUCGUUUUCAAAGAGACACCCAAAAUUCAAAGUCAUUUUUAGAAGGCAGUGGAUUACCUAGAAACAGAGGUUCUGAAAGACCGAGUAUUUCUUCAGGAUCUGAAGUGUGGGCUGAAGAGAGAAUCAAGUGUGAUAGACCGUAUUCUAGAUAUGAUAGAACUAAAGAUACUUUGUACCCUUUAAGUUCUCAGCACAAUGAUGGUGCUUUUAAAAGAAGGGAUAACUCUAUGCAAAGCAGAUCAGGAAAAGGUCUAUCCUAUGCAGACACAAAAGAAAAUCCACUUCCCCAAGAAUCCAUAGAUUAUAAUAAUCAAAAACGUGGGAAAAGAGAAAACCAAACGGCAAAUCCUGAUCAUUUUUAUGACAGGAAACCAAGAACAAUAAAUAAUGAAGCUUUCAGUGGUGUAAAAAUUGAAAAACAUUUUAAUGUAAAUACUGAUUACCAGAAUCCUGUCCGAACUAAUAGUUUCAUUGGUGUUCCAAAUGGAGAGACAGAAAUGCCACUGAAGGGAAGGCGAGUAGGACCUAUUAAGCCAGCAGGACCCAUCACAGCUACACCCUAUGAUGAUAAAAUAUUUUACAAUAGUGGACCCAAAAGAAGAUCUGGGCCAAUUAAACCAGAAAAAGUACUAGAAUCAUCUAUUCCUAUGGAGUAUGCAAAACUGUGGAAACCUGGAGAUGAAUGUUUUGCACUUUAUUGGGAAGACAACAAGUUUUACCGAGCAGAAGUUGAAGCUCUUCAUUCUUCAGGUAUGACAGCAGUUGUUAAAUUCAUUGAUUAUGGAAACUAUGAAGAGGUGCUACUAAGCAACAUCAGGCCCAUUCAAACAGAGGCAUGGCUCCAGGGGAGCUGGAAAUGCACAGGAGGAAUCAGAAGACCUGGGUCGAAUCCGGGCUCUGCCACUUACUACCUAUGUGACUUUGGGAGGAAGAAGGCACCUACGACCAAACUAUUGAGUUCCGUAGAGGAGGUGACGGCCAGCCACGGCGAUCCACUCGGCCAACCCAGCAGUUUUAUCAACCUCCCCGGGCUCGGAACUAAUAUGAAAAGAGUCUUUAUGAAGAAAGGAGCUGUUGACUGAAACAUUCUGGUCAAAACCUGUUGAUAGACCUCCUGCUCUCCCUUCAGAAUGAGAUGCAGCCAUGGUGGAUAUUAUUAUUUGGAGAAUAAAAAAGCAGAUUUUAGAGGAAAAAAAAAUUCAACCCACACAAAGAGUGGGAAAAAAUACUAAGUUAAAUAAAGCAAAUACCUUUUACAAGUGAAAGAAUUUUUUCUUCCGCCAUCAAUAAAACCAAUGUGCUAUUCUA